AUGGAUGGCAACUCCCGUCCACUUCGUCAACAAGUUACGCCUGCUAAUCAAAGGAAGGGCCGCACUCCGAAACAAAGCUCCGAAACAUUACCUGCUGGAGCCGGCAGGAUUCUACCCCCGGAUCUUAUCCUGGAGAUCCUACGACACCUAUCCGGCUCCGCCGCGACGGCACACUCGUUCGGAGACUGGUCCAUGCGUGCCAGCCUAGCAUCGCCAGCUCUUGUCUGUAAGGAAUGGUACUCUCUGAGUUUACCGAUUCUCUACGGCGCGCCCGAACUGUACUCUGUCAGCAAGGUCGAGCUCUUUGCGCGAACCCACAUGAUGUGCCUUGUCCACGAGGUACUCGCGUCCUGCCCGAACGUAGACGCGCUCUUCAUUCCUGACAUGAGGAUUCCAUCCCCGCUACCCUUUCCGAAUGCGAAGGCGCCGUAUAGCGUCAUCCCUCUUCGUCGGAUUACAUUCUAUCUUGCGGGCUCCCACGGUCGCGCGUUUGCCUGGGGCAAGCACGGCCUGACCUCUCGCUCUGCGACCACGGUCGUCGACCUCGACUUACGGAAUGUCGAAGAGAUCGUCAUUGAUUACGGUUGGGCUUACCGCGAUCUUCAUUUGCCCGCAACGCCUUCACUUCGUGUUCUCCGAGUCAUUUCGUCAACCGUUGAGACCGAGUCCAGCUCGCGACUUGAGACACAUCCAUCCAACCUGCAAGUUCUCGAGUUGCGAGGCAAUUACGUGCGCUCGGACGACUCCUAUAUGCAUUCCAUCGAAGCAUACGCGGGUACCCUGUGCCAGCUCGUCCUUACAGGCUCACACGAGAGAGCUGCAGCACUUCGCCUUGAUUUCCAUAAAUUGACGAAGCUCCGUCGCCUCGGUGUUGGUAACUUUGAGAAGGACACGAAACCCUUCGAUACCCUCAAGGUACCUCCCUGGCUGGAAACCCUCGACGUGCAUUGGGAAUAUUCUGACCGGCUCGGGCGCAUGUGGCACACAACAGCUUCCUUCUUCGCUCGUGCCGAUCUGAUGAUGACCUUCAUCGCAUCCGACGCAUACUUCCACACGAGCAGGCGGAGAGGAGCUGAGAUUUGUGCACAGAUCCUGGGUCAGGCGCCUCCGAGCCUCGCACGCCUCUGCAAUGACUGGAGCAUUCCUCUCUCGGCGGCCGAACCGGAAGCCCUUGGCCCCGGGUCCUAUCAGCUCUUUGAAGACGGCAUUCGAGCGAAGGCCGCAUUGAAUCCCUUCAGUUGGGGUAUGAUCCAAAUUACCAAGAAACUAUGA